AUGGAUUGGCAGACGACUACCGGAAACUGCAUCGUGAAAUCAACAAACCAACAAGAGCGACACGCCUGCGACCCGACGACCAUUUCGACACCAGAGGACACACGUUCCAUGCUUGAUCAAGGAUACCAUGUUCUCGCCGUUGAUCUUCUGAACCCUUCCGCGGCCAGCGAGGCCAAGAAGCACAAGCUCAAGACUCUUGUCCCCGCCCCCCGAUCCUUCUUCAUGGAUGUCAAGUGCCCCGGCUGCUUCGUCAUCACCACCGUCUUCUCCCACGCCCAGACCGUCGUCAUCUGCCAGGGCUGCACUACCGUCCUGUGCCAGCCUACCGGUGGUAAGGCCAGACUCACCGAGGGUUGCUCUUUCCGAAGAAAGUAA